CCGCCGCCGCUCGGGGCAGCGCGUGCGAUGGGAAGCCCACUGCGGCUGCGGCCGGAGCUUUACUACCAGCAUCAGCAGCAUCAGCAGCGCGGGCACCGAGGCAGCCAGGCGAGCGCGAGCCCGAGCGAGCACGCGCCCUCCAGCCAUGCGAGCUGCUCGAGACUUCAUCCUCAGCCUCCUCUUCAUCUCCACCCUCCUCUUCCUCCUCCGCCUCCCGCUGCUGCCGCUGCUGCUCAGUGCGACGCGGCCAUGAGCGGCUGCAGCCGGUAUAACGGCGGCGUGAUGCGCCGCAGCCUGCACGAGUUCGACUCCGAGUCGCAGCCGCUGAGGCCCGCGUGCGCCGGCGCGUGCGCCAGCGACGCCGCGCCGUACCCGGACGUCUCCGUGUCCUCCUCCAAGCCCGACGGAGGAGCAGGUGGAGGAGGAGGAGGAGGAGGAGGCGGGGGCGCGAGCGGCGGAGCGGCCGGGCAGCAGCGCGCCAAAUCGGGCAAGAAGAAGAACCAGAACAUCGGCCAGAAGCUCGGCCACCGCAGGGCGCUGUUCGAGAAGCGCAAGCGCCUCAGCGACUACGCGCUCAUCUUCGGCAUGUUCGGCAUCGUGGUGAUGGUCAUAGAGACCGAGCUCUCGUGGGGGGCGUACGGCAAGGACUCCUUGUAUUCAUUAGCCCUAAAAUGCCUGAUAAGCCUUUCUACAAUCAUCCUUCUCGGUUUGAUCAUCAUCUAUCAUGCCAGAGAGAUUCAGCUGUUCAUGGUGGACAACGCGGCGGACGACUGGAGGAUAGCCAUGACCUAUGAGCGAAUCUUCUUCAUCUGCCUGGAGAUCCUGGUGUGCGCCAUCCACCCCAUCCCGGGCAAGUACACCUUCACCUGGACAGCGCGCCUGGCCUUCUAUUACACCUCUUCCAAGACGGAUGCAGACGUGGACAUCAUUCUGUCCAUUCCCAUGUUCCUGCGGCUCUACCUGAUCGCCCGCGUCAUGCUGCUGCACAGCAAACUGUUCACGGACGCUUCGUCGCGCAGUAUCGGCGCCCUCAACAAGAUCAACUUCAACACACGCUUUGUCAUGAAGACGCUCAUGACCAUCUGCCCUGGUACCGUGCUGCUGGUCUUCACCAUUUCUCUGUGGAUCAUCGCCGCCUGGACUGUGAGGGCGUGUGAAAGGUACCACGAUAACCAAGAUGUAACCAGCAACUUCUUAGGAGCCAUGUGGUUGAUCUCAAUCACUUUUCUAACCAUUGGAUAUGGGGACAUGGUUCCUAAUACAUACUGUGGCAAAGGGGUGUGUCUCCUCACUGGCAUUAUGGGCGCUGGAUGCACUGCUUUGGUGGUGGCCGUGGUGGCGAAAAAACUGGAACUAACCAAAGCUGAAAAACAUGUACAUAACUUUAUGAUGGAUACGCAGCUGACAAAAAGAGUGAAAAACACGGCUGCUAACGUUCUCAGGGAGACCUGGCUCAUCUACAAGAACACCAAGCUGGUGAGGAAGAUGGACCACGCCAGGGUCAGGAAGCACCAGAGGAAAUUCCUCCAAGCCAUUCACCAAGCUCGGAAAUUAAGAAGUGUUAAAAUGGAGCAACGGAAGCUGAAUGACCAAGCAAACUCUCUAGUGGACCUCGCAAAGACUCAGAACAUCAUGUACGACCUCAUCUCUGACCUGAACGAGCGUGGGGAGGACACGGAGAAGCGUAUUGCGGUCCUGGAGACGAAGCUGGAGACGCUGCUGAGCAACCUGCAGGCUCUCCCGGGCCUCAUCAGCCAGCUGAUCAGCCAGCAGCACCGUGACUUCCUGGAGGUCCAGCUGCAGCCGUAUGAGCGGUCGCAGUCAGUGUCCCGCCGCCGCUCGUCCUCCACCGCACCUCCCACCUCCUCGGAGAGCAGCUAGAGGCCGCCUGCGACUCCCUGGCCAUUGUAUGGCCGGCCAAGUCACAUUCUACUGUAAAGCCUUACAGUUUCAAUGACGCGUUAUCCACAAUUCUGAUGACAGAAUCCGAGCAGGGGGAUAAAUGCGGUUGAAAUGGCGUAAAACUUUCCUCAUGUUUUUUAUUUUUACCUCAGAAAAUGUUAGCUUUUCUCUGCUGACAGGUUCACAGAGAACUACAAAGAUGGGGCUAUCGCGAGAACGAGUCUGAGCAGAGCAGUGUCACAACCUCUAUGGCACAAGAUAAUACUGUGCCAGAAUAGUGCUUCCUAACGGAUAUUCUGCUCUCUCUGCUUAUACAAAACGACGCUGACUUCUUCCUUCAACCAGCAGGUGUUGCAUUUUUGUUUGUUUGUUUGUUUAUUUACUUAUUUCUUUGUUGAGGAAAUGAUUGAGUGUGUCUGAAUCCAUGGGCAAAUGGGGAUUAAACCGCUGCUGACCCACAGAGCUAACAUAUAGAUUUCCUGGACUGGAGGACAAAAACAUAUAUCUUCUAGGUUAGAAACAGCAUAAGCUAUAGCGUUCUCCUUCCGAGCCCCUUCAGAAGUUAUUAUUUUUGGGGCCAUAUUGCAAAACAAUUUACUGAAUGCAUCUAAAGCUAUACUUGCACUUUUAUGCACUUCAAUACUGACUGACUAUAAUAUGAAUUUGUUUUGCUCAUAAAAAUAAAGGUAAGGGGGAAAAACACCUUUAGUUAUUAGUUAAUGGCCAGAAUAUUGACCGUGUAGGCUAAGAGCAGGAUAGCUGACUAAAUGCCUGUCCUUAUAAUCUAAAAAUAAAAAAGGGACCUCAACCUGAAACUGUGCUUACUUCAUAGAUAUUAGACUGCUACUAUUAUUGCUGCUUCAUUUUCAAACUCGAUUUGUCCUUAAAGGGGAAUUCCACCAAUUUUCUUUCAAUUUACUGCAUAAUUCAGUGAUUGAGACGUCAACAGAGUCCUUCACAGUGGCUUCAUUUGAAAUUAUUCACUGUAGAGAAACUUACAGAAUCAGAUUUCUUCACAGUGGUGGUGAAUGGAACCAGGGGUCAUGAUGUUUAUGAAAAAAGCAAAUUUUAUUUACUAUCCAAAAUGGCUAGAGACUUUUUAUAUGUCUUUAGGGUUUUUAUAUGUAAUGUAAAUAAUGGUAGUGGCACAUCUGAAAAAAUACAUUUUCUUUAGGCAUUGCUUUGCCUAACAACACCCUGAACAUGUUAUAAAAGAAUUUGUAUGUUUUUGGACAAAACAUUCUCAAAACAACUAUAAAACAAUGCCUCAGACAUCAGGCAGCAUAUUUAAUAACCAUAUCAUGUAAUAAUGUUCUGCAAGGAAGCUUUGGUUCUCUGGUUCCUAUCACCACCAAGGUGAACAUUUCUGACUCAGUACGUUUCUCUAGAACAGAGCAUUUCACACCAAACCACUCUGAAUUACACUUUUUACCUCUUAACCACGUAACUAUUUAGAAUUUUUGAAAAAUGGGUGGAAUUCCUCUUUAAUGGCAAAAUACAAAUCUCUCUAUCCAAACAGCUGAGUGCAAAGUGUCAACUCUGCGCUCUGUGUAUAAAUGACCUUCAAAUGUCAAUGAACAGAGAACCACUGGAUGCUAUUUAUGUAUGUAUCACAUCUGUUUAAGAGCAGCAAAUAACUUGUAUAUGUUUGGAAAUGCCUAUUUUUGUACUCAUGAGGACAAGCACACCUCCUAAAAACAUGUCUUUUUCUCGAAGAAUGUGACAGAUAGUAACUGUGCCCAGCCGUGUAACUGGUAUGUGGAACCAAAGCUAUUAAACUAAGUGGAAGCGUUUGAACCUUGUGCUGAUAUUUGGGCACCCUGGAGGACCUUUAGAGCAUUAAGGCUUCAGGGGUUGUACGUUAGUCCCGAUAUAGCAGUAUUUACUGGAAUGUUCUCUCGAUUUCAAUAUUGUAAGCUUUUGAACUGAAUGCAAUGAAGGUGGUAGGCUGCUCAUGGAUGUUAAAGGGGUGCUUCAGUGAUUUCAACCGAAGCUGUAUCUGCUGUGCUUGUAUUGUACUAUCACUUACCACAGACUAUAAUUUUAACACAUGUCCCCAAACUUAGAAAAGAGCUGAAAACCUGUUGACUCUAAAUACUUUUAUAAUAGAAUUCAAUGGGCAGCUGCCAAAUUCAGCAAAUAAACGUGUAAUAUGUUAUUGCGACCCUGUUCACACCUGGUCGUUUCAUGUGAACUGUGUUUGGAUUAUAACCUAAUAAGAUUUUAACCACAUGCAUUUAGACCAAAUGCGUUUCUGGUUAGUCAGAUUGAAAUCCGAUUGCUGAAUGGCAUGUAAUAUGCCAGUCAGCUAGUAUGCAACAACCAGUUGCCUGUAUUGUCCCCCAUUUUUUCUUGUUCUACUAAAAUGAACGACAUCUGUUUAAAUGCAGUCUGUAUUAAUUAAUAUUAGCGUCCUAUAUUAGUUGUUGCGGUCAAGGACCACAUGCGUUAAUAUGUAAUGUAUUGUAGUGAGAGAAUGAAUAAUAAUGAGGUGAAGUAAAGAUUAACCAGACUGUAGCUUUAACUAGAUUGUGCUGAAUUAAAUUAGGAGAAACUCAAUUUAGGAGGUGAACUGAAUGAGUAGUGAUGCCUCUGUUUAGGGGUGGAAGUCCAGUAAGCAUUUUUCUCCCAUAUGCAGAUCAGCAGGGGGAGGAGUUACAGUAUUAGGAGGAGUUUUGGCUGUGGAGUCUGGCUUGGAGAGACAGAUGUGUUUACACUUGUUUAACAUCUGGCUUGUUUCGCAUCUAGCAUCUUGUUUUAAAUGCAUUUUUUGCAUGGCUUACAUUUGUGUAGGUAAGUGACUUAAAUCUGUCAUUAAUCUGACGUCCUAAGCAGCCCCCAUGCGCACAUCAUAAUCAGUAACAUCACGUAAAUGAAACAUACAGAGCCGUGCUGCUGACAUUUUGAAAAAUGGUUGGAAUUCUCCUUUAAAACCUAAUCAGAGUAAAAAGUUAGAUGUAAGAAAAUCUCUGUACUCUUUUUGACAAAUGCAAUAAAUACGUUUACACACUUAGCGCCCCCUGGUGGAUCAGGUACCCUGAGUGACUGCGCCACAGUCGAACAGUAAUUCAAGACACUUUUGCUUUUUCUAUUCUUUUCAUGAUAUCCAUGGUGAUAAAACCACAACACCACACUGGGACCAAAUUAGCACAAAAUCUUCCCUAAGAUCUAGCCUCCUCUCUGAAAGAACCAAGCAUAGAGAUUUUCAGCACAAUUAGCUCAUCUAUUUGAAUUAUUCCAAAGAUUUCAUGAAAGUCUUCUACAAAAAUAAACACAGACAGAACUCAGGAGCUGCACACUGGCUUCCAUUAUAAGUAUAUCGUGAGUCUACAGGUUUUUUCUAAGUGAGUCUUUUCUAAGCACAGGAAAAUAUAUCAAAACAAAAUGUUUCUGUGCGCUACAGAUGCAACAGUGGAGAUCGGGUUGAAAACAUACUGAAGUAUUUCUUAAAAUGUAGAAUUCACAAAGAACUGUGGGUCAGUUUAGACCACAUAGACAGACGAGCAGUUUUCCACACAGAACACGCUUAGUCCUAGACUAAAUAACCCUCUCUAUGGAUACCAUUUUUAGACUAAGACUAAGCUUAAUCUUCACAAAGCAGCUGUAGGAGCUGAAGGCGGCAUACGGUUCUCCUACACAGAUUGGGUCAGUACAGUACAGCAGUUUAAAAGGAUAUUUAUUUUGAUUCUUUUAGAGACUCCUGUGACGUGUAUCUGAUACCUGGUGAUUUGUUGCCAGUUGCUCGCAUGUUAUGGACUGAUCUAUGAUUUUUUUGGAUGCCCAACUCAUCUGAUGGCCUGAUGCUGGAGAGACCAGUGCAUUAUGUAGCCUGACGAAGCAAAAACACGUCUGACCUGUUCUGUCAGGUGGAGGUUACACAGUGUUUGAGAUCGAUGGUGGAUCCAGCAAUUUCACCAACAUUUGAGUGAUUAUACUGUAUGCAAAGUAAUUAUGAACAAUAAAAAGAUACUAUU